AUGAGUUCAAAAAAUGGUAUACUCGAAGAUUUUCUACUACUUUAUAUAACAGCUUCUACACAUAAAAUAGCAGCUUAUGAAACCCGUAAUAUGACUGAAGAAAUAAGAUUAGUUGAUCUAGAAGUUCUGUUAGAUAAAUCUGUUGGGUUAACGCAUACAUAUGCGUCUUCUGAUAAAUGCUCAUUACAAAAUAAAAUUAUCAUGUUCAAUGAAGAAGAUGAAUGUGACUCGUCAAAUAUUUUAACUGUUGCUAGUCAGUCCGAUGUUAUUGCAUUUCUACAAGCACAAGAAGCAAAAAUAAUUGGUUUACACACAAAUGUCAGUGAUUAUGAUGACGACGAUGAGGAUGAUGAACUUUCUAUUGUUCAUAGUUCUAUACCAAAUUUUAAACAAAUUUCAUCAAACAAUCAUAGCCAAGGCGUAAAAUCAUAUUUAAGUCAUUCUUGUUUUGCUUCGAUAUCAAAUUCAUCAGCUCAAAAACAAACAACUUCAGAUGAUCUAACAGAAUUAAAUUGGUUAAAUACAUUUAAAUUUAAGGAAACUAAAACAAAAGAAAAAUCUACUCAAGAAAUUGAUUCGAAUGAAGAUCAAAUAAGUAAAUUAUGUAAUGAAUUAAAAAUGUAUAAUGAAGAAAAUUUAUAUUUAAAUUCUCUAUCAUUUGGUGUUCUGAUUUUCCUUGCCUUAUAUUCUAAACGUUACGAUAAACAAACACCAUGGUUAUUAACCAUAAAACAAUUAUAUGAUUAUAUACAAAAAAAUAAACAACAAAUAUCCCAUAGACGUGGAUGGAGAGAUUUAUUAAAAGAAACUUUAAUUAAAAUUCCAUGUUUUGUUAAGACAAAACGUGAUAUACUUAAAUCACGUUCAGUAUGGACUAUUGAUCCGUAUUAUCGACCAUUAUUAACACGAGCUUAUCUAACGCGAUCCUCGUUACAGUCGAAUAAAACGAUCAGUACCAAUCAAAAUGAAGUGAAGGAUGCAUUAUCGGAUGAAGAUCAUUAUUCCAAAUCGAUCAUUAAUUAUUUUGCUCCAAAAUCAACAGUAAAAACUAAAGUACUUCCUCGUCUUUAUGAACGACUCUGUGAAGAAGAACAAAAUUAUGAAAGUGAAAAUGAAAUCGAUCUAAAUAAUCCUAUUGAAGAAAUAUCUAAACGACCUUGUUCUACAACAACGACAACAAAUCAAUAUCAGUUUUCAACAAAUGAAUGUGAUACGCAACUGUCGGCAUCCUUGCCAUUGAUAAACAGCUUAACUAAACGUAAGAAAAUAUAUUCAAAUAUUGGAGCAACAUCGAAUAACGAAGCAAUUAUUACAACGCCAUGUCCCAGCAUCGAUCAUAUGUAUUUAAAUUCAAUAAGAAAAUCUACAGAAUUUACUGGAGAUAAUGAAAUUUCAAUUGAUGAGAAUAAUCAAUGUUAUAGUUAUUCGUUAACAAAUUCAAUUCAAAAAUCAAAUAUUACAACUCGAGCUCAAGCCAUAGCAGAACAGAAUAUGCUUAACAAGGAUAUUGUUGAUCGUCGAAAAUCUGGUUCAUUACGAAAACCUUUAUCUCUUUCAUUACCAUUACAUCGACCAAAUACGCGAAUGAGCAGAAAGAUCAUCGAACAAGAUUUAGAACUAUUACGAAAAGCAAACAAUAAUUAA